AUGCUCAGAGCAGCUGCGGCCCUGUCUUUGCUCCUGCUCGGGGUGCGAGCCGAGCUCCAGUGUCAUGACCACAAGUUUCAGCCCGACUACGUGCUCGUGGCCAGUGAGGACGACAUCACAAUAAACUGCGAGAGCAGACACUCGGUCACUGUCAAUGGCACCUCCCCGGGCCCCCCUCUGUACCUGACAGAGGGACAGACAACAUGGAUCCGUGUGUAUAACCGCAUGCUGGAGCAAAACCUCACCAUGCAUUGGCAUGGCCUCGCCCAAAAGACAGCCCCAUUCUCGGAUGGGACGCCCUUGGUUAGCCAGUGGCCCAUUGCCCCUGGCUACUUCUUCGACUAUGAGAUCAGGCCAGACAUUGGCGACGCCGGAACGUACUUUUACCACUCGCACGUAGGGUUCCAGCUGUUGACGGCUCACGGCGCUCUGAUCGUCGAGGAGCAGGACCCCACGAAGGCCGAGAAGGAGUAUGGCAAAGAUGUGAUCCUCAUGCUGGGCGACUACUACGCCGCCGAGGACCACACCAUUGAGGCUGGACUGCUGGCAGAUCCCUUCAAGUGGUCGGGAGAGCCCCAGGCCGUGCUGGUCCAGGGCCAAAGCGGCAAGUCUGGGUUCGACAAUGCAACGGACAGAUCAUGCGAACCCCACGUCAUCGAGGUUGAGCCCGACAAGUUGUACCGGCUGCGCGUCAUUGGCUCCACGGCCCUCUCCGUGGUAAAGAUGGGCAUCGAGGACCACUCGAGGCUCGAGGACUCGAGGCUCGAGGACUCGAGGCUCGAGGUGGUUGAGGCGGAUGGCGCAUACACCGAGCCCGUGCCCGUCGACCACAUGCAGGUCGCACCCGGGCAGCGUUUCAGCUACCGGCUGCGGACCAAGUCGGCCAAGGAGAUUGAGGAGGCGGGCAAAACCGAGUUCUGGGUCCGGUACGAGAGCCGCGAGCGCCCGGAGAGCAUCAAGGGAUAUGCCCUGCUCAGGUAUCGCAUGUCCCUGUGCGAGCAGCCGGAGGCCUCGGUCGCGUCGCUGCCGGAGGAGCCGCCGGUCGAGCUGCCGCAGACGACGAGCGACUACCUCGAGUACAAACUGCAGCCCAAGCUGGAAGAGACGCGCCGCAAGUUCCCUCGGCUCGGGGAGGUGACGCGCACAGUCACCAUCCAGGUCAACCAGAUGCUCACCAGCGGCGAGUACGUCGACGGCAAGCUCAACGGCAGCUUGGUGUGGGUGCAAAACGGGUUCGCCUGGAAAGAGGACGUUCAAGCGGCGGCCAACCAGGUCCCCUAUCUCGUCGACAUUUACACGGGGUCCAGGAAUGCGCCCGACUAUCGGCUCGCCCUCGACCACGGCGGCUUUGACCCCCACAGCAAGACCUUUCCCGCCAGAGUCGGCGAGGUGCUGGACAUUGUGUGGCAGAACAACGGAGGCAUCACGGGCAACUAUGACGUCCACCCGAUGCACAUCCACGGCGAGCACGCCUGGGACCUGGGCUCGGGCAACGGGACCUACAACGCGGAGGAGAACGAAAGGCGCUUUGAAGACUUCACCCCAGCUCGCCGAGACACGACUCUCCUGUACCGCUACACCACCAAGGGCGUGCCGAAGACGACGGCCGGCUGGCGAGCCUGGAGAGUCAGGGUGACCGAGGACAACAUCGGCGCAUGGAUGAUGCACUGCCACAUUGCGCAGCACGCCGCCAUGGGCAUGAACACGGUCUGGGUAUUUGGCGACGAGCGGGAAAUCAGGCGCAAGUUCCCGGCGGCACCCAACGCGGCAGCCUACCUCAGCUACCAGGGGGAUGCCUACGGGAACUCUGAUCGGUAUCCUAAUGUUAAUCACUACUUCACCACGACAAAUUCGACGCAGGCCAGGUAG